AUGAUCGCAGGUAUUACACAUGAAGGCUGCAGCUCUGUACAUCACCUCUCAGGAACGUCAGGAGGUUUCACCAGCUUAAAUUACCCGUCAGACUAUGAAAACAGUAAAACCUGUGCAUGGGAGAUAACAGUUCCUGACAAUAAAGUUAUCCAUUUGUGGUUUGUUGACUUUCAUGUGGAAACCAGCAUAUUGUGCACUGAAGAUCGUGUCACGGUUGAAGACAAUCUCGGAACACUGGGUACAUACUGCGGGAGCAAAGUACCCAGGCCACUGGUUUCAGUUGGCAACAGAAUGUUUGUGACAUUUAUCACUAAUAGUGAAACAUCAGUCAAAGGAUUUGAGGCCAAGUAUGAAGCUGUAGAUCCAAGCAAGAUUGCAGAUCACCGAUUCCAGCCCUGGUACAAGUGCAAGUCAGUUUCCAAGCUGACUCUUGUUCCUGUUCCACCAGUUCCAGCAUGGUCCAAGUUCCUGACUCCUCCUAUGUUCAGUCCCAACUCUUCCCCUUUCCAGUUCCAUCAACAUAAUGUUUUAGGAGCAGUAACAUCACUAGGGUUGGUGUCACCGGCUACUAUACCCUUAGCCUAUAUCAUAGGAGGAGGAGGAAUUUUAGAUGGUAACACAGGGGAGUUUCAAUCCCCUAGUAGUACACGUGAUGGGAAUGAUGUGCUUUACCAGUGGAAAAUCACAGUUGCUCAUGGACACAGAAUAAAACUUUAUUUCACGGAAUUUGACCUAGAACCUGCAGGACCAGCUGGCUGUAAGGAACUGAUUGAAGUUUAUGAUGGUGAUGCCAAAGGAUCAGAAAAAAUAGGACAAUUUUGUGGAAAACAAAUCCCAGACCCUGUUGUUACCACCUGGAACACCAUGGUUGUUCAUUAUAGGUUUAAUGAAGAAGGAGUUCGGGGUGUAUUCCAUGCUAAGUACAUUGGAUUUCAAGGGAAUGUUAUUCCAACUGAGAGCCCAACCACUAAGAGCACUACCACUGGGAGCACCACCACUAAGAGCACUACUACUGGGAGCACCACCACUAAGAGCACUACUACUGGGAGCACCACCACUAAGAGCCCUACCACUAAGAGCACUACUACUGGGAGCACCACCACUAAGAGCACUACUACUGGGAGCACCACCACUAAGAGCACCACCACCACCACCACCGUUGCUACCGUUGCCACAACUCCUCAUUAUAUUGAGUCCGGAUGUGACAGCAACGCUCUACAAGAGGGUCGUAAGGGCUUCAUCCAUUCCAAGAACUAUCCUGACACCUAUCCCUCUGAUCUCUUGUGCAUUUGGAACAUCUCUGUUACUCCUGGCCGGCAUAUUAAGCUAACAUUUACGGAGCUUGCUGUAGAUGGGGAGCUAGGAUCAUGCAUUGACAAACUGGACAUAUCGGACAGCUUUGAUGUGAUAGGGAGUUACUGUGGAUAUUUGAAACCUCCAGUGAUCAUCAGUUCCAGCAACCAACUUUUCCUGAGUUUUUCAACAGACAAAAUUAGAACAGAUCGUGGGUUUGAAGCAAAAUGGGAAGAGGUUCACCCUGAAGAUAUUGAAGAAAUACAAUCCUGUGGCGGAAGUUCCACCGAGGAGAGCGGGGUGAUUAAAUCUCCCAACUGGCCUAAUAAUUAUGCACCCAUCAGACUGUGUGUAUGGCACCUGGAGGUGCCUCAGGAGAAAAAGAUGACACUGAAAUUCACUCAUUUCGACUUGGAAGAUCCAGACUUCAUGACUAGGGACUGUUAUGACUAUGUAGCAGCAUAUGAAGAAAGUUCAGGAAAAACAGUAAAAUAUGGUCCUUUCUGUGGAACUAACCUGCCAGAUGCCAUUACCAGUCAGAGUAACAUCAUUACAGUACGAUUCUACAGUGACCUGUUCACAGAGUCAAAAGGUUUCCGAGCCUACUGGUCUACUGAUCCCCUGCAGGCACCUCCCACUGUAGCCCCUCCAGUCCCCAAUCCGUGGGACAGCAUAGCAAUAGACUGGCCAACCAAGUGUGGACAGCCCACGUAUCGUCCCCAGAUUAAUUCCAGGAUCGUCAAUGGAGAACCUGCUAUUCCUCACACCUGGCCUUGGCAAGUGUCCAUGCAGGUAAUUUCCCGAAAUGAAACGAUUUUCUUCCACACAUGUGGAGCCACUCUCAUCCAUAAGAACUGGGUACUCACAGCAGCCCACUGUUUUAUUAAUUAUGCAGAUGAAUUGUACCGAUGGCAGAUGUGCCUUGGGAAACACAACCUGACUAUUGAAGAACCCACAGAGAAAUGCUACAAAAUUCUUGGUAUCUAUCGUCAUGAAGGCUUUGUCUAUCCGGAAAUCCCUGCCCUAGAGUUCGACAUUGCCUUGGUGAAGCUGGACGGAGAGGUGGUGGCCAGUGAUGUUAUAGAUUUUGCUUGUCUACCACCCCAUGAUCAGGUUCUGUCUGCAAAUUACAGGUGUCAUGCAACUGGAUGGGGAGAUGAAACAGGAAAUUCAUUAGCACCAAAAGCUGCUGAAGGGUUAAAUCAGGUGGCACUGCCGGUUAUUUCAUAUGAGGUUUGCAAAACACCCCAGUAUUGGUGGUUUCAAAUAAAGGAGUCAAUGAUCUGUGCUGGAUAUGUUCUACCUGAUGAGUUAAAGUCAGUGUGUCAGGGGGAUUCAGGCGGACCACUGCUCUGCCCAUCAACCACUAACAGCUCAAUUUGGGAAGUUCAUGGAAUUACCAGUUUUGGAGCUGUCGGCUGUGUUGUGGAUAAAAAACCCAGUGUUUUCACCCGUGCAUCUGCUCAUCUUGAUUGGAUAGAUGGCAUCAUGAAGAAGGAUAUAUAUGAUAUAUACUCAUCUGGCUGUGGCAGUGCCAAAGACCUCAGCGACAAGAAAGGGUCCUUCACAUCAAUGAGAUAUCCUUCCACAUAUAGUAAUGAUGCCAGGUGCUCAUGGAGUAUUGUAGCACCAGCUGAUAAAGUUAUUUAUUUGCAUUUUAACAACUUCCUGCUUGAAGAGAGUACUAACUGCAACAAUGACAAAGUUGCGAUAUCUGAUGAGCUCGGCAGUCUCGGUGCACACUGUGGAGAAUCUAUCCCAUCUGAUCUUGUUAGUUACAGCAAUACGCUGUCUGUGAGUUUUACCUCCAACAACAGGGUAGUAGAUGCAGGGUUUUCUGCAUCCUGGGAUUUUGUGGAUCCAGUUACAAUUCCAGACAUUGCAUCCUGUGGAGGUGUAUUCAGUACUGAUAAAGGAGAGCUUAUGUCACCAAAUUGGCCAAAUUCCUCCUACCCAUUAAGUCAUGUUUGUACUUGGAAAAUUACUGUUGAUCCCGGAAAGCAAAUCCACAUUGUAUUUACUAACUUUAUGCUUCAGAUUGCUAACCUGUUAGGAAUUUGUCAAGAUUAUGUGGAGGUUUUUGACGGUGACAAAGCUGGAGCAGUAAAGUUGGGUCAGUUCUGUGGUCUCAACAUUCCAGAGCCAUUAAACACAACAGGAAAUGUUGUUGUCAUUAAAUUUAUCAGCAAUCAUGAGCGAAAUGCCAGAGGCUUCUAUGGAUACUGGACAACUAAUCUAACUGAUAUUCCUAGUGAACCUUUAUGGAAUCUCAAACCAUGGGAUCAUGUUAUAGUAGAAUGGCCUGCAAACUGUGAUCCACAAUCCAAAUCAUCAGACGUUCCUGUACAUCUCCUUUCCUCUCAGUGGCACGUCUCUAUACAGAGCCGCUCCAGGCCUUACCUACCAUUCCAGCAUAGGUGUGCAGGGUCACUGAUAAACUCACAAUGGAUCCUGCUAGCUGCGCAUUGUAUGGACAUUAACCAGGAGCUUGAAUCUUUGAGGGUUUGCUUUGGAUCUGAAAUGUCACAGAAAUGCGUUGGAACCGAUGCUUUUAUCAGACAUGAGGAGUUUUCAUAUCCACAGAGCAAUGACCAUUCUCAUGACAUAGCGCUGUUGCAUCUGUCAGAGAAGGUGUCCCAUAUACAACCUGUCUGCUUGCCUCAUUCUGGAGAUAUCUCACCACCAACGGAACUCUGCUACUGGACUGGUUGGGCGGCUGCCACAGGUGGACCGAGUUCUGUUACAUCCAAGGCAAGGUUUCACGUGCCAGUACCUGUCAUGUCCUAUGAAAGUUGCAGUCAGUCUAAAUUUUGGCAGAGCCAAUUAACUGCAUCGAUGGUCUGUGCUGGCUUUGAAUCUCCUGAAAAACUUAAGUCUAGUUGCAGGGGUGAGGCUGAAGGGGCGCUGCACUGCAAAUCUGCUCCAGGCACUGUCUGGGAAGUUAAAGGAAUUGCAAGCUUUGGGCCCAAAAAUUGUAUGUUGGACAGAAAACCUCAGGUCUUCACCAGAGUGUCAUCCUACAGGGAGUGGGUUGUAGACAAGAUCAAAAAGUACACCUAUGAGAAGACCAUGGCAUAACCAGAUUUGAUUUGGACUGUUUGAGACACAUACCAAAAGUGAUAAUAAUUAUGGAUAAUAAAAAUGGAGAUGAAACAUUGCAGAAAA